AUGGCGAAUGAGCUGUUGUAUCUAUACUUAGCGGGGUCUGAGAUAGCGGUGAGCGGUGUCUUGGUUCGAGAGGAGAAAGGUACGCAAUACCCAGUUUACUAUGUAAGUAGAACCCUCGGUGACGCUGAAACCAGGUACCCACAUUUGGAAAAAUUCGCUUUGGCUUUAUUGACUGCAUCUAGAAAAUUAAAACCUUACUUUCAGUGUCAUCCCGUAUGCGACGUAACGUCGUACCCCCUAAGGAAUGUCAUGCAUAAACCCGAACUCUCAGGCCGACUAGCAAAGUGGGCUAUGGAGAUUAGCGGGUAUGAUAUUGAAUACAAACUCCGAACUGCGAUCAAAUCCCAAAUAUUGGCAGAUUUCGUGGCCGAUUUUGCACCGGCCAUAAUUCCCGAGGUAGAUAAGGAAAUGCUUCUUACCUCGAGGACUAGUACAGGAGUCUGGACUCUUUACACAGACGGUGCUUCUAAUGUAAAAGCGUUCGGGUUAGGGAUCGUUCUUAAACCUCCCUCGAAUGACGUAAUAAGACAAUAUAUUAGAUCGGUUGAUUUAACUAACAACGAAGCCGAAUAUGAGGCUAUGAUUGCAGGUUUAGAACUAGCUAAAAGCUUCGGAGUCGAGAUCAUUGAGGCCAAAUGCGAUUCUCUCCUGGUGGUCAACCAAAAGAAUGGAACCUUCGAAAUCAAGGAUGAUCGAAUGUGGAGAUAUCAGGAAAAAUUGCGGGUUGUCCUUCGCCGGUUCAAGGAGUGGACGUUGGAACACGUACCCCGGGAUCAAAAUGAUGGGACGGAUGCCCUAGCAAAUCUGGGAUCCUCGGUAGAAUCGUAUGGGUUCAAUUCCGGAGCUGUGGUGCAGUUGACAAAAUCAGUUAUAGAGACCGACCACGCCGAGAUAAAAUCGACCAGCCUCACUUGGGAUUGGAGGAACAAAUACGUAGACUAUCUUCAAAUAGGAAAGCUACCAUACGAUGCCAAAGAGUCAAGAGCCCUCCGAACCAAAGCAGCUAGAUUUUGUUUGGUUGAUGGCCAGUUAUACCGAAGGUCAUUCCACGACCCUUUGGCGAGGUGCCUAGGACCAGGAGAAACCGACUACGUUCUGAGGCAAGUUCAUGAGGGGACUUGCGGAAAUCAUUCGGGAGCCGAUUCAUUGGUCCGCAAGCUGAUCAGGGCAGGAUACUAUUGGAACAGGAUGGAGGAUGGCGCCAAAACCUUCGUUCGAAAAUGUAACGAAUGCCAAAGGCACGCCCCGUCAAUACACCAACCCGGGGAAAAGCUCCAUCAGGUCCUUUCCCCAUGGCCAUUCAUGAAAUGGCGCAUGGAUAUAGUAGGGCCUUUCCUAUGGGCCCCAGAUAAGACGCAAUUUAUUUUACUUAUGACUGAUUAUUUCUCUAAAUGGGUCAAAGCACAGGCACGCGAGAAAGUCAGGGAAAAAGAGGUCAUUGAUUUCAUUUACGAACAUAUAAUAUGUCGAUUUGGGGUACCCGCGGAGAUCGCAUGUGAUAACGGGAAGCAGUUCAUAGGUAGCAAGGUCAGCAAGUUUUUUGAAGAAUACAAAAUCAAGAAAAUCUUAUCCACCCCAUAUCACCGGAGCGCGAAUGGCCAGGCCGAGUCUACCAAUAAAACUAUACUGCAGAAUUUAAAGAAAAGACUGGCCGACUCUAAGCACCGUUGGAAGGAGGUUCUGCCCGAGGUUUUAUGGGCCUACCGCACAAUGGUAAGAUCAAGCGCCAGGGAGACUCCUUUUCCCUUGUAUACGGAGCCGAGGCCCUCAUACUCGUCGAAGUUGGUGAGCCAAGCUUAA